AUGUCGAUCCUACUACCGUAUGACAAAGAAGAAAUUCUUCAGAUUGUCGGCGAGCGCUGGAGGCAGUUUAAAUCUGACUUGACUAGGAAAUGGGCACUUGCAGUCGACAAGGACGGUGUGGACGACAUUGUCUGUGAAAAAUAUGGCAUUAGCAAGGAGAAAUGGACUCAGUUUUGUCAGACCCGCAGAGACCCCUCAUGGGAGGAUGUACGAAAAAAGGCACAGGCCUCCCAGAAGCAAAACACUGCCCCCCACGUAUUGUCUCGUGGGGGUUAUGAAUAUUUAGAAGAAAAGCUCAUGGCUGAGAAGACAAAGAAAAGACUGGAAGAAGCUGCCCAGUCUGGAAGCACUGAGGGCAUCAUUGACCCUCCAUCUCCCAUCAGACGCCACGUGAAAUGGAAGAUGGUCCGCACGAAGAAAACUGGACACAUGACGUCUGAGGUAGCAAAGGAAAUAGCUGACAGGAUUGCAGCUGUGUCUCCAGCAAAACCUCCAGAAAGCCCGGAUGAAGAGGUUGAUGAUCCCCUGUACCUGAUGACAUUGACCAUCCCACAACUGUUUUUGAAGCCGCUCCAAGUUAUGUGGGAUGCUACCAUAUUCGGGAGUUCAAAACGAGAUGUUUACCUUGGAGCCUAUCUGAAUAGGUAA